UCAAUUUAUUGCAAUUUUCAUUGUUUUACUUUAAUAAAACAUUUAUUGAAAAACAAUUAAUUACAAUUUUCGUUGCAAACAUGGAGCUAGAGGCGAAGAUAAAGGAAGACAUGAAAUCAUUUGGCUGUAAUUGCCCAAAAAAGAUUGCUAUGGCCUACCACCUGUAUAUUAAUCUCGUGGAUGAAAAAUUGAUGUACGAUACUGAGUACUGUUACAAUAAAGAUAUAGACACGCUGUACGUGGUCGCUCGUCCCAACAAGAACGAGCGAUUGAACAUAUACGUGCCUGUGCCUACCGACAGCGAUGUGGAUGUGUCUUACAUAGGCAGACUGCAGGAAAAUCUGUGCACAGUCGAGACCGGGUCUAGUAUAACCUUGGCCUUUUUCGAGAGUGACUUUACAAUAGUUAUGUACACCUUUACUAAGGGUCUCGCUCUUCGUCAGUCUGCGGUACUCUCCAACCAGCUGAAGAUGAAGCUGGAGAGACGGAGUUUUAUUAACAGUGAAUUGAAGAAAAAUAGAAGAGACAUUCUGAAUGAUGCGUUAAAUGGUGGUGCCGUUGAAGAUGAUGACUGUGAAAUAGUCGGUUGAUUUAUACACAAGGUUGUAUUUGAGCACUGAUGAUGUAAUAUGAAUUGCAACAGGAUGAGAGAAUUCUAAGAAUUGAGCUACAAUUAAUAUGAAAAAAAAAACAGCAUGUAUAUUAUUUAAAAGAAAGAGUAGAUAAGUUUUAAUUUCAGUGAAUAUUAUAAUAUGUAUAUUAUAUUAUGGUCCCUGCUUAAGCCAGAAACCAAGUUUUGCCAUUGGCAUUGUUUAAAAUGUGUCGGCUUCCUUGUGUUUGCUGAGCAUUCAACUUGUGUUUGUAUCAGGUGCAGUCGCAGCCUAAAAUUUUGGAGGGGUCAGACAGUAGUGGGGGGGGCGGGGAGUAGACAGUAGCGGUCAUUGUCUCCCUGUCAAAAACCUUGCCAUUUUCUUUAGAAACUGCGAUUGACAAUGAAGUGUCAGAUGUUUCUAGUUUAAGGGUGAUAUGGUAUUUUGCAUACUCGAUGUGAACUGAAUAUGUAGCAUAUAUAUCACUUCGAACUCAAUGACCGCUACCGCCUCGUUUUGCUGAGUACAGUUUAGUCACCACACUAAAAAAUAAAAAUUUGUCACUGCUAUGGGGUAGCUAGAAAUUUC